CGUGUUCACUCCGUUUACUCCGCGACACACACACACACACACACACACACACACACACACACAUCGCUAUCUGGACUUAAAAACUUUUCAAUAAAACUUUUUCACACAUGGAAGAAGCGGAAGCUCACAAGUAAGGGGGAGCGUUUUGAAAGCUGUGGUUUACUUGUAUGAUAUCCUGUUUGCCAAACUCCUAACCACAGGAGGAUCGCUCUGCGCAUGCGUUAAUCACUCAACGGGAUGGAGGGGGAGCAGGUCGACUCUUCUCUUGACUUGAGCCACCUGACAGAAGCGGAGCGGUCCACUAUCCUGGAAGUUUUAGAGCGCGACUUGGAGUUGCGUCGUCGCGAUGAAGGACGUGUAAGGGCCCUCGAGGAUACAGAAACAGACCCGACACGUUUGCGCUUCCUGUCAGGAGCGUGGUUCAGCGAGGAGCGUGGAAAACGCCAUCACAACGGGACGUCGGUGUGCUCGAUGGUCCACGCCACCAUACGCCACAGGAAGACCAAGAACAGAGAUGUGCCCCUGAGUGGAUUGUUCAAUGGAGAAAAAGAGGAAAACACCGUCAACAACAACACCUCUCCUGAGGCAGUGAGGAGACUGAAGGACAGCGAAGAGGAGAGCGGAGGGACUCAAGGAAGUUUGAAACCUGCACCCACACCCAGAACAAAAAUCCCUGUAGGGCAGGGUCUGCAAAGAAAAAGUUCCACAUCUUCCAAAGAGUACGAAAAGAAAAGUAAUGGCUACUCAGAGGAACAUGAGGAUGAGUAUGACGGUCACAAUGGAGACUCUGACUCUCUGAGCAGCUGCCUGACCGAGCCGGAUCCAACUUCUCUGAAAACCAGCAGCUCCACCGGCAGCCUCCACUCAGGCUACACGCUCAGUGGAAGCAUGAUGAGUCUGUUCAGCUCAGGGGAUUUUGGAGUGGUGGAGGUGAGGGGCCGUAUCCAAUUCUCAUUGGUUUACGACAGCCAGAGGGAGGAGCUGCAAGUCAAAGUGUGCCGAUGCGAAGACAUCGCUUCCGCACGCAAGGAGCGUUCUGACCCAUACGUCAAAACCUAUCUCUUGCCGGACAAGUCGAGUCACAGUAAGAAGAAAACUGCAGUGAAGAAGAAGACACUAAACCCAGUCUAUGACCAGACUCUCCGAUAUAAAGUGCGGAUCGGGGAGCUCAGAAGCCGGACCUUGAACCUGUCCGUGUGGCACGCCGAGCCCCUGGGGAGAAACGUGUUCCUGGGGGAGGUGGAGGUGUCUCUGGGCCUCUGGGACUGGACCUGCACUAUGCCACUGUGGCAGAACCUGCAACCACGGGUUCUUUUGAAUCCAGAAUCCAUCAGCAGCCGCGGGACCAUCUUGCUCUCUAUUAAGUUCAUCCCAGAUGGAUAUGAGGGUGGUGGCCUGCCUCUGACAGGAGAGCUUCACAUCUGGCUUCGAGAGGCUCAAGGUCUCCUGGGGCACAAAGGGGGCGCUAUAGACUCCUUUGUCAGAAGCUACAUCCUGCCAGACGCCAGUCGGCAGAGUGGUCAGAAGACGCGGGUGGUGAAGCGCUCCAUCAGCCCGACCUACAACCACACCAUGGUGUACGAUGGCUUCCACUCCAGUGACGUGAGAGAGGCCUGCGCUGAGCUGACUGUCUGGCAGCGCGAAGGGUUAAAGCCACACAUCCUCGGAGGGAUUCGUCUGAGCUGUGGAACCGGUCAGAGUUACGGGGAGGAUGUCAGCUGGAUGGACUCCACAGAAGAUGAGAUUGCUGUGUGGAACUCGAUGAUCGAAAACCCAAACCGCUGGGUCGACGCAACACUAUCAAUCAGAACUAACCUGGCACCCCGGUCCACAUGACUCUGAUGCACACAAACGUGCGCUAUAGUGGAUGGACUGAAAGGACACCCCCCUCAUAUAUAUAUAUUUAUAUAUAUAUAUAUAUAUACAAACACACUCAGAAGUUAGUAGUUGUGCAAUAUUGUAAAUUAAUGACAUAUAUCAUGAAAUACUACCUUUAAAAUAUUGUACUUAUAUAUAUGUUUUAUGUGACAAAAUUAUUGUAAUCCAUUGUAGUUUAUUAAUUAAAUAUCCAACCCAACUGAUGAAUCACCCAGAGUUCUUCUUUACUUGUUUUCUAGACCUCUUAAACUCUUUGGAUCAUGUCGGAUAUAAUAGAAAAGGUCUACAGUUGCAUGUAUUUAUUUUGAUCCUUUUGAUAGAUUACAUGACUGCCACCUUGUGGUGAGACUUUAUACUAACUCAAUACAGUAUACUUUGUUCAGAAGAUUACAGAGAGCACAAUGAAGAAUAAGUUAAAGAGCAAAGAAAAUAAAAUGUAUAUCUGUAUGUCUGUUCUUCCUUUUAAACAUCAUACCAAACUUUUCUACAUCCCAUUUAUCAUCAACAUGUAAUGGAGUAAGGUAUUAACCCUCCGAGUCGGAGCUCCUGUCCAGCAGAUGGCGAACUGAGCAUUCCUGAUUCAGCC